GCCUCAAUGACCUCAAUGAUGUCGGAGACAACAUGAUGUGUAAAAGCGGAGGGCAACGUUUUUUUUUUUAAUUUAGAUAUCUGUUAAAUAUUUACAAAUCACAUUCAUAAAUAUGCCUGAGGAUUCUAGAGGAGAGAAGCGUACAGUAGAAGAAGAGUUUCAGACGAUUAAAAAACCUCAUUUUAUACAAGAAUCAUAUACAGAAGAUACAGAAAUCAAAAAGGAAUGUGUAGAAGACGAGCAAUCAAUUUCAAACAUGCAACCUAUUAAUAAUGAUAAUAGCGAGUCUACAAAUACUUUAAAAUAUUUCAAUGGCGUGGAAAUAUCUAAGCUAAGCAAGAGGCAGUUAAAAAAAUACCACAAAACGUUAAAGUGGUUAGACAUUAAAAAAGAAAAGCGUGCUAAAGAAAGGAUAAAAACUAAGGAGAAGCGAUUACAUGCUAAAUUAAAUAAUAUAGAUUUAGGACCUAGUCGAAAAGAGCUCAAAAAAGUAAAGAUGAAAAACAGUCCUUGCAAAAUUGGUAUUUGCAUAGAUUUGAGCUUUGAUGAACUCAUGAUAGAUAAGGAUAUGGCUAAAACCAUAAAACAGAUACUAAGAGUUUAUACACUGAAUAGAAGAUCUAAAGCUCCGAUGCAAUUACAUUUAACAAGUUUUAACGGACGAAACAAAGAGGAGAUGUCUCGUCACCAUGGAUAUGAGAAUUGGGAUAUUAACUUCCACUCAAACGAUUAUCUAAAAAUAUUUCCUAAGGAAAAAUUAGUAUACUUAACUAGUGAAAGUGAUAAUGUUAUGACGGAAUUAGAAGAUGAAAAAAUUUAUAUUAUUGGUGGACUUGUCGAUCAUAAUUCUCACAAGGGGCUCUGUUACAACAAAGCCGUUAAAGAAGGAAUAGCCCAUGCACAGCUUCCAAUUGGAGAAUAUUUCUGGAUGAAACAUAGAAAGGUUUUAACAAUAAAUCAAGUCUUUGAAAUUCUAUUGGGCGUUAGUGAAGGAAAAUCAUUUAAAGAGGCCUUUGAAUUAAUAUUACCCAAGAGAAUUGAAAAAGUGUCAACAGAUAAGCCUAUCACAAUUGAGGCUAAGGAUGAAGAUGAAAAAAUGUGAUUUUACAGUUGUUAAAUAUUAUUUGGCAUGGGAAAAUAAAUGUUAAAAAAGCUCCAAAAGAGAGAAAUUGUGAUUAUAUACUUUUAAAAUAACUGAUUUCUAUAUUUAAAUAAAUAUAAUUAAAGUUUA